AUGCCCGACCAGGCCCGCUCGCGCUCGCCCCCAGCUGCAAAGCAUGGUGGCAAGCUGCGGAUCUCACCCUUGAAGGGGCGAUUUGGUGCAUUGAUUGAGACGCCGCUUACAGCGGACAGGAUCCUCUCAGAUGCUGGCAUUGGCUUGGAACUGCUCCGAGCAUGGCAGGGCUUUGGUGGUCUUCUAGUCCUCAGAGGCCUUCAGGACCUAAGCCCAACCCAGCUCGUGGACAUCAGCGCGCUGUUCGGAGAGGUCGAGAACGAGCUCGACGACAGCAAGAAGAGGUUCGCUGUACAGGGCGAAACGCGGGUCAUGCGCAUUGGCAACACUCGCGACCCGGAAACCAAGCUCGCCACAUCUCUGAAUGCCAAUGAUCCUCCUCUGCCUGAAGGAGGCUCUCCACAGUACCGCUUGGACGACCGCAGGCCCUUCUGGCACACGGAUUCCGUGUACAGGAAGGACCCACCGAUCGGUUCCCUUCUUUACUGCAAGCAGCAGCCUCCGGAGGGCGGGGCUACAUGCUUCGCGGACGCCGUCUCCUCCUACGAGGCCCUGGACGUCAAGCUGCAAGAGAAGCUGAAAGACCUAGAGUGCCUGUGCUCACAAGCGCAUCACGAUGCCAAGGUUCAUCGCACCUCGCCAGACUUCCCGACACUGACCCCUGAGGAGCGUGCGGCAAGUCCUGCUCAAAGAGUGCCGCGCGGCCCCUACCCAGAGGGCGUGGCGUUCCAACGCGGAGUGGUCAGUAGAUUGUACUGGUUCAAUGAACUCCGAGGGGGUGAGAAGAGGGGUGAUGUCGUGCCUACCUCCCACUGGAUCAGGUAUUUGUUUUCCUUCUUCUGCUAA